CGGUCUGCUGUCUCGAGACACUAACAAAAUCGCAAGCAAAGCAAUCGUGGGAAAGGGAAAGUGAAUCGAGAACCGUUGAACGAGCCACACUAAGAUUUGCCUCGAGUGUACUUCAAGUCAAUCUAUUCACUUGCAUUACCUUGUCUCUAGCGCCAGUAUAAUGCUAGUACACUAUUUCAGGACCUCAAUCUGGCGUUCUGUGUCUCCCUCCCGCCUUCCUCGACGAGCGGAAAACAAGAGCAAACUUUUCAAAGGCCCUUUCAUCCUAGGCAUCCUUGCUAAGCACAUAUAAAGCAUCUGAAUCUCAUAGUGCUUCCAGUGCUUUCUCGAAAUUCCCUCCUCUUAACAUCAGGUGCAAACAGUGAGGGGCGUCUUUGCUUUUGCUUAUUCAAGGAACGGUACUCUGAUACCUCCCGAGUCUCUUAUCCCACUCGAACAGAGAUCAAUACCCACAGCUAGGACCCCAGUCUUGUUCGAGAUGGGCGCACCACUCUGGACCCAAGAGGAGAAAGACUGCUUUGUCAACUUCAUCAUUCCACAGUCGCAAUUUUCGAGUGGACAGUACGACCCAACAACAGGCUUGACAUGGAAAGAGCUUGCUCCUUUGAUGGAGGCAGAGAUGACGAGACGUGGUGGAUACCCAGCGCUUAGAGUCUAUACCGAGAACGCUUUGUCUCAAUUCCACUACAAUCGAUUCAGUGCACGCGCUCUCAGUAGAGGUCAGAGCGAUAUGACUCACAUGAGAGCAUCUCCUCGAAUGUCUCAACCGCUGUUGGGAUCUUCUAUUACCUCUGCCCAACGAUCUGUCCGACCACCUUCAGCAGAACAAAGACCCCCCACUGCCGCUAUCACAUCCUCCCGGAAAACUACCUCUCCUCCUGGAAGCCGUUGGAGCAGAUAUGCCACCCGCUUCACACAGACUGAUCCAAAAGCAUUUCUAGGAUUCAGUCCAGAAGAGACACUGAGUGUCCAUGCUGAUCCUAUCGGUCAUUGUACCCAUGAACUCACAAGUAGAAGCAGUGGCACCCGAUCUGGUCGACAUCGAGGAGAGAUGUACCCAUCCGAGGAGGAAAUCAAAUAUAAUCAGAGACAGAUUGAGGGGCUCAGGGGUGGGAGGCGAGGAUACCAGGACUACAAAGAGGAAGAUAACAGCGAAUGGGAGUACCCAGCUUCUCACCGCAAGGUUGAAACCGAGUGGACUCGUCGCGAUUACAAACUUCCGGCGAGCCAUGGCGAUCCACCUUCCUCUACCAACGCCACAAACGGCGAAGGCGAGCUUCCCGAGCUUCAAGAUUCCAGUCCCAUCAGUAGAUCAUCCCUCAAUAGAACUGUGCAGAGCAAGAAUCAGGAAGCCAAGUCAGCCUUCGCAAAUGAAGACUUAGAAGAACUGGGUGGAUCUGACGUGGACAUGACUUCCCUACUUCGUGGUUACAAGACAGCUCGUCCUAGUAAGGAUAUUGGGCAAGGGAGAAAUAUAAAUUCCAAAGUCCGGUCAAGAUGGGAGGAUCUCGAAAGUGGUGACGGAAGGAAUAGACAAAAGAUCAACGAAGUUCAAAAAGAGCAGCCAUCCAACCCGUUUUCUCCGAGUGCACUUGAUGACUCAAGUGAUGAAGAGCUUGAAGUUUACGAUGAAGGUAAUUCUAAUGCUGACGCAUCAAUACAAGGCUAUUUCCAUGAUUACGAGAUACAUCGCACAAAGAAGGCCAUUCCGAGAUAUUCUGCUGGUAUAAUCGUGGAUGGUAUCUAUCGUCCUGCUCAAUCGCCAGGUUUCGGACUCGCAGUUCUGGGAUCCAGCGAGCGGCCUCCUCCAGUCAAAACUUCCGCUGCUAACAAAAAAGCUACUGAAGAAACAUCCGCCAAGUCCAAGAAAAAAGAGCAGAAGAAGCCCGCAAAGGCAUAUUUUGUCAAGGACUCUAAGAAGGCACCCAGCAAAAUGGAGGAGGAUAGACUUUCGAAAGUUAUGUCUAAACACCCAAUUGGCUAUACAAAUCGACCAAUUCCGUUCUUCGAGUCUGUCAACCUGCCCAAGAUUCUGAAGAAAAGUGCUGUUGCUAAGGUGGCAGUUGGAGAGCGACAGGGUGAGAAACAUAGGCCCCAAAUUUUUGGGAAUGAAGUCUCUGGACAUAGAGAUGGGAACAGGUAUAUGAGAGAGACCGAAGUGGUUGGACUCUCGGCUGAAAAUCCUGGCCGCAAGAUUGAGAAGCAUUUUGCUGGUGAGAGAGAAGUUACGAAGGUUUCCAACAUCGAUACUCACAAAGCUGGUGACAACGCUCAUGGAUCCAAGGAUAAUUACGGAGCGACAAAUGACAGCGGCAAACAUCAUGGUCUCGGUAACUCUCUUUCUGCAGUCGUCGCUCACGCUGCAUCAACUUCCGCGUCGGCAGCUCCAACCCCAUCAACCAAGGCCUCAUCUAUACCCAAGGUCGAUAGCUCCAUGACCGAGAAGUUGGCAACUCUAGAAUUCAUUGUUGCACAUGCUAAUGCAGAGACGAGACCUGAAGACGCUGCUCCUUGGGCCAAAGCUAUUGCUGCUCAACGAGGAUAUAGGGAAUCUGCUUCACCUCCUGCAGAUGAUGUUCGUGGAAAGGAUUCUGGUGUUGGGGGUGACCAGAAGAAGAUGACCGGUUCACCAAAGACGAAUUGAGAGGUGGAUUUUGAGUUUUACAUGGCGUUUGGGCGGUUUUCAGACGGCAAGGAAUAACACCCAGAGAACCUAUCAUAGCACGAUCUUCUAUUCCUGGAAGAAGCAGAAUUAACAGGAGUGGAUUUUGAUGUGUUUUGGGAGAGUGAGACACCUAAAAGCAUUGCAGCAUGCACAUGAUCGAUUACUUGAGAGAUUAUCUUGAAAUAUUAUGAAACUGGAG